CCGCAGUGGGCGCAGACUCUGAUGGGUUGGCCCUGCCCAGCUUGUGAGGACUUGAGAAGUCUGCACUGGAGCCGUGAGCCAGAGUGACACCACCUGUCAGCUCUCCCCUCCGGUGCCCAGACACCAUGCCACAGCCCUGCAGACCGGACGUUGCCAUGAAGUAGACGACUUCCUUGUCUGCUCUCUCCCCCGUCCUCACCAUGUCUUCGACUCAGGGCAGUGGGGAGCACUGGAAGUCCCUGGAGUCGGUGGGCAUCAGCCGCAAAGAGCUGGCCAUGGCUGAAGCCUUGCAGAUGGAGUACGAUGCGCUGUCCCGGCUUCGGCACGACAAGGAGGAAAGCAGGGCAAAGCAGAACGCAGACCCCUCUCUGAUCAGCUGGGAUGAGCCUGUCCUGGAUGUCUAUAGCAAGCCAGCCGGAAGGCGGAAGGAUCUCAAGCUCCUACGCGGUCUUUCUGGCUCCGAUCCUACCCUCAAUUACAACUCAGUCUCCCCACAGGAAGGGCUGCCCAACCACUCUACCUCCCGGGGCUCCCAGCCUGGCCCAGAUCCCUGGCCCAAAGGCUCCCUGGCCGAAGACUAUCUCUACAUUUUUGAUGGUUCAGAUGGGGGGCUCUCCUUGUCCCCAGGACCAAGGCACAGAGAAGACUCUUCUAAGAAACUGUCCCCGCCUCCUCUGCCUCCCCGAGUCUCUAUCUGGGACACUCCUCCCCUGCCUCCCAGGAAGGGGUCCCCCUCCUCUUCCAAGGUUUCCCAGCCCAGUGACAUCAACACUUUCUCUUUGGUUGAACAACCUCCAGGCAAGUUGCUGGGGCCCCGGAUCUUAGAGGAGGAGGAGGAGCUGGGAGGUGGGAGUCCGGGGCGGCCGCUGGGGUCCAUGGACUACGACGGCAUCAAUGAUGCCAUCACACGGCUCAACCUGAAGUCGACCUACGACGCAGAGAUGCUGCGGGAUGCCACCAGGGGCUGGAAGGAGGGUCGGGGGCCCCUAGACUUUGCCAAGGACACUCCUGGGAAGCCCGUGGCCCGGAGCAAGACCAUGCCCCCCCAGGUGCCCCCCCGCACAUACGCCUCCCGCUGCGCCAACCGGAAAAACGCAACACCCGGCAAGAACCGCCGCAUUUCUGCAGCCCCGGUGGGCUCCCGGCCCCACGCCGUCGCCAAUGGCCACGAGCUGUUUGAGGUCUCAGAGGAGAGAGAUGAGGAGGUUGCUGCAUUUUGCCACAUGCUGGAUGUCCUCCGAUCCGGCUCUGAUGUCCGGGACUACUCCCUCACCGGGUAUGUCUGGAGUGCUGUCACCCCGAGCCCAGAGCACCUUGGGGACGAGGUGAACCUGAAGGUGACCGUGCUGUGUGACAGCCUGCGGGAGCCACUCACUUUUACCUGCAACUGCUCCUCCACUGUAGACUUGCUCAUCUACCAGACCCUGUGCUACACCCGCGAUGAACUGAGGGAUGUCGACGUGGGUGACUUUGUGCUGAAGCCCUGUGGGCUGGAGGAGUUCCUGCAGAACAAGCACGCCCUGGGCAGCCACGAGUAUAUCCAGUACUGUCGGAAGUUUGGCGUCGACAUCCGGCUGCAGCUGAUGGAGCAGAAGGCCGUGCGCGGUGACCUGGCCCGCACGGUGAACGAUGACCAGAGCCCCUCCACCUUGAACUACCUCGUCCACCUGCAGGAGAGGCCAGUCAAGCAGACCAUCAGCAGGCAGGCCCUGAGUCUUCUGUUCGACACUUACCACAAUGAGGUGGAUGCCUUCCUGUUGGCUGAUGGGGACUUCCCACUGAAGGCCGACAGGGUGGUCCAGUCCGUCAAGGCCAUCUGCAAUGCCCUAGCUGCCGUGGAAACCCCUGAGAUCACCAGCGCUCUCAACCAGCUGCCCCCCUGCCCUUCCCGAAUGAAGCCUAAAAUCCAGAAGGAUCCCACCGUCUUGGCUGUGAGGGAAAACCGAGAGAAGGUUGUGGAAGCCUUGACGGCUGCCAUCUUGGACCUGGUGGAGCUGUACUGCAACACGUUCAACGCAGACUUCCAGACUGCGGUGCCUGGGAGCCGCAAGCACGCCCUGGUUCAGGAGGCCUGCCAUCUCUCCGGGCCGCUGGCCUUCACGGUCUAUGCCACCCACCGCAUCCCGAUCAUCUGGGCUACCAGCUAUGAAGAGUUCUACCUCUCCUGCUCCCUCAGCCACGGCGGCAAGGAAUUGUGCAGCCCCCUGCAGACCCGACGGGUCCACUUCUCCAAGUACCUCUUCCACCUCGUCAUCUGGGACCAACAGAUCUGCUUCCCUGUGCAGCUGAACCGGCUGCCUCGGGAGACCCUGCUGUGCGCCACCCUCUACGCUCUGCCCGUGCCCCCGCCUGGGAGCUCCUCGGAGGCCAACAAGCAGCGGCGGGUGCCUGAAGCUCUGGGCUGGGUCACUGCUCCGCUCUUCAACUUCAGGCAAGUCCUGACCUGUGGCCGGAAGCUUCUGGGCUUAUGGCCAGCAACACAGGAAAGUCCCAGUGCCCGCUGGAGUGCACCUAAUUUCCAUCAGCCAGAUAGUGUGAUCCUGCAGAUUGACUUUCCCACCUCGGCCUUUGACAUCAAGUUCACCAGCCCUGCUGGAGACAAGUUCAGCCCCCGCUAUGAGUUUGGCAGCCUCCGGGAGGAAGACCAACAUGUGCUUAAGAGCAUCGUGCAGAAGGAGUCCCUGUACUGGCUCACGGAUGCGGACAAAAAGCGCCUGUGGGAGAAGCGGUAUUACUGCCACGCGGAGUGGACCCCCAUGAACCACCAGGACGCCCUGGGGCUCCUGCACGCCACGUUCCCAGACCAGGAGGUGCGUCGCAUGGCCGUACAGUGGAUCGGCUCCCUCUCUGAUGCCGAGCUGCUGGACUACUUGCCCCAGCUCGUGCAGGCCUUAAAGUACGAAUGCUACCUGGACAGCCCCUUGGUGCGCUUCCUCCUGAAGCGAGCGGUCUCUGACUUGAGAGUGACUCACUACUUCUUCUGGUUGCUGAAGGACGGCCUCAAAGACUCUCAGUUCAGCAUCCGCUACCAGUACCUGCUGGCCGCCUUGUUGUGUUGCUGUGGCAAGGGGCUGAGAGAGGAGUUUAACCGCCAGUGCUGGCUUGUUAAUACCCUGGCCAAACUGGCCCAGCAGGUCCGGGAGGCUGCCCCGUCUGCACGGCAGGGCAUCCUCCGUGCCGGCCUGGAGGAGGUGGAGCAGUUCUUCGCCCUCAAUGGCUCCUGCCGCCUGCCCCUCAGCCCCAGCCUGCUGGUUAAGGGUGUUGUGCCCAGGGACUGUUCCUACUUCAACUCCAACGCCGUUCCCCUCAAGCUCUCCUUCCAAAACGUGGACCCGCUGGGCGAGAACAUCCGUGUCAUCUUCAAGUGUGGGGACGACCUUCGCCAGGACAUGCUGACCCUGCAGAUGAUUCGCAUCAUGAGCAAGAUCUGGGUCCAGGAGGGCCUGGACAUGCGCAUGGUCAUCUUCCGCUGCUUCUCCACCGGCCGGGGGAGAGGGAUGGUGGAGAUGAUCCCCAACUCUGAGACCCUGCGCAAGAUCCAGGUGGAGCAUGGGGUGACCGGUUCCUUUAAGGACCGGCCGCUCGCUGACUGGCUGCAGAAGCACAACCCUGGGGAGGACGCGUAUGAGAAGGCUGUAGAGAACUUCAUCUACUCGUGUGCCGGCUGCUGUGUGGCCACCUACGUCCUGGGCAUCUGUGACCGACACAAUGACAACAUCAUGCUGAAGACGACCGGCCACAUGUUCCACAUAGAUUUCGGCCGCUUCCUGGGCCAUGCCCAGAUGUUCGGCAACAUCAAGCGGGACCGCGCCCCCUUUGUCUUCACCUCGGACAUGGCGUAUGUCAUCAACGGGGGUGACAAGCCUUCCAGCCGCUUCCAUGAUUUUGUUGACCUUUGCUGCCAAGCCUACAACCUCAUUCGCAAGCACACCCACCUCUUCCUCAACCUUCUGGGCCUGAUGUUGUCCUGUGGGAUCCCUGAACUCUCAGACCUGGAAGACCUCAAGUACGUGUACGAUGCCCUGAGGCCUCAGGACACGGAGGCCAAUGCCACUACCUACUUCACCAGGUUGAUAGAGUCCAGCCUUGGCAGUGUAGCCACAAAGCUCAAUUUUUUUAUUCAUAACCUGGCUCAGAUGAAGUUUUUAGGCUCGGAUGAUCGGCUGACCCUCUCCUUUGCUCCACGAACACACACUCUCAAGAGCUCAGGCCGCAUAAGCGGUGUGUUUCUCUGUCGCCACGAGAAGGUCUUCCACCCCAGCAAGGGCUAUAUUUACGUGGUAAAGGUGAUGCGAGAGAAUGCUCACGAGGCCACUUACAUCCAGCGGACAUUUGAGGAGUUCCAGGAGUUACACAAUAAGCUGCGGCUGCUCUUCCCUUCUUCCCUCUUGCCCAGCUUCCCCAGUCGCUUCGUGAUUGGCCGCGCGCGAGGAGAGGCGGGGGCCGAGCGGCGCCGGGAGGAGCUGAACGGCUACAUCUGGCACUUGGUCCACGCGGCCCCGGAGGUGGCCGAGUGUGAUCUGGUGUAUACCUUCUUCCACCCCCUGCCCAGGGAUGAGAAGACUGCAGGCAGCAGCCUGGCUCCCAAGUCCUCAGAAGGCACAUGGGCCCGGCCAGUUGGGAAGGUUGGCGGAGAGGUGAAACUGUCCAUCUCCUACAAAAACAAUAAACUCUUCAUCAUGGUGAUGCACAUCCGGGGCUUGCAACUGCUCCAGGAUGGGAAUGAUCCCGACCCCUAUGUCAAGAUUUACCUCCUUCCUGACCCUCAGAAAACCACUAAGAAGAAAACCAAAGUGGCCCGGAAAACCUGCAACCCCACCUACAAUGAGAUGCUGGUGUAUGAUGGAAUCCCCAAGGGCGACCUGCGGCAGCGGGAGCUGCAGCUGAGUGUGCUGAGUGAGCAAGGGUUCUGGGAGAAUGUGCUCCUUGGGGAGGUGCACAUCCGCCUGCGAGAGCUGGACCUGGCCCAGGAGAAGACUGGCUGGUUUGCACUGGGAUCUCGAAGUCCUGAGACCUUAUGAACACAGCGGAGCCCCGGCCUGGGACCCCAGGCUCACGGCAGAGCCGGGGAGAGGACUCGUCCCUUCCUCGGGUAGGGGCAUAGCCCUCGGAGGGCCUCCCUGCCGUCCUGGCCUCCAGGGUGGGAGGCAGGGAGAGUAAAGAUGCUCUCUGCUGUCCCCUCCUCUGAAGACUGCAUUUGAGUUGGUUGUGAUGAGCAGCCCUGUGGAGGCUG